AUGCUCGACCGGCCAGUUCAACCCCACUGCGAUUCGCGACGUGCCACGGGCAUCCCGCUACGACUCUUGCUCGACAAACGCGACCACUUUCUUCCCGAUAAUAUGUCGCGCUUCUUCGAGCAAACCGCAAUCGAACCCACAGCCCGCUUCUACAAGGAAGCCGAGGUCAUUUGGCAAGCCGUCUCCGAGGAGACGUGGGUUGAGCUCGAUAACUACAUCGAGGAAAUACGACAGCGCUGUAUCCAAAUCGAAAUCCGACUGCGACAACGGGCGAGCUGGAACAUGUUUACUUCGGAGGCACGCGCGGCGUGGCGAGACUCGUGGCAGUUCUACUACGGGAAGGACAGUCUCUGGACUGAGUACCGUGCGAUCGUACGUCACUCUGGCUAUUGUAAGUUCGUCCCGGGUGUGUGUUCUUCAGACUGCAUUUGAUGCAGCGUUACCUGGUGCUUCAAGCUCACAUGAAUCGCCUCUUGGAAAACGACUCCACUAGCCAUACACUUCCUCCGCGAGAAAUACAUAUCGCAGUUCAACGCGAAGCACCCAGAGCUCGACCCCCCUCUUCGACAAUCUGACAAGCUCACCCAUCGUCUCAGUGGGCUGCCUUCGUUCAAGCGCGACUACGUAGCCUAUCUCCGUCGUGAAGGAUUUGAGCCUGCCAGAUGUUCCGGACUAUUCGAAGACGCCCUGGCCCAUGUCAAGAGUGAGUCUCUGCAGGGGCUUGACGUUUCCCUCCUGCUUCCCGACUUACCGUGCUGUCAUAUCGUCGGCUGGUGGAUCGGCAGGACGCGGUGGCAUUCACUUCGAUGAUCGCGCUACCCCCGAUUUUGAUGUUACAGUCGAUGGGAGAGCGCACGCCUUGCCGAAAGACGGCGAUAUACUAGGCUUACCGUCAUUGUUACCUCCACCUCGCCACUCGCCACUCACCGCCGGCGAUGGUCGAAGGACGCCUCUUACAACCUUGGACACUUGCACUUGA